AUGGCAGAUGACGAGUAUUGCAGUGACUGCAAAACUUACACUCCAUCAGUGUAUGAUCGCAGAGCUGGGGACACAAUCUGCUCCGAAUGUGGCUUGGUUCUUGAGUCCCGAUCGGUGGACCAAACACCACCAUCCACAUUCUUUCACCGUAAACUUGAAGAUGAGGAUAAUGAUGAAUAUGUUGAUGUUGAUGAUAAUGAUAAACAUUACAGAACCAGGUUUCAUGCGAAAGAUCUUUUAGCUUGUGGAGCACGCCUUGGUACUUAUAUUGCACGCCACCCCAGCUCCAAUGUUGAGAACAAAAAUAUAGUGAAAGCUAGUGACAACUAUUGGAGAAUGACGAAGGACAAAAGAGAGUGCAACAUCGUGGCUGGUCUGAAAACCAUGGAAGAUAUGGCCAGUAGCUUAGGCUUGGUUUGCACCAUAACAGACCAUGCUAAGGAACUGUACAUUAGGGCAAAAGGUGGAAAGAUAUUUUGGAGUGGGUGUGGGAGAGAUCCAAAGGCCUCUGUGGUGUCAUGUUUGUAUUUAGCAUGUCAAGAAGAGGGUUCAGCAAGAACCCUACGUGAAUUUUAUCCUGUUGCAGGUGGAGUUAGUGUGAAGGAGAUUCACAGGACUAUAGAGAUGUUUAAGAACCAUUACGAGAUUUUAAGUAAUGAUGAUUCGGCUACACGUGCCAAUAACGUAGCUAAACGUUUCUGCUGCUAUCUUAACCUUGAUAAUCACGUUAUGAAUGCGGUAAAGGAAGUGCUUCAGAAAUUGCAGCAGUUUGAUGUGAGGAGAAAGCCUGCUUCCAUUUUAGCAGCAACUAUUUAUAUGGUUACUCAGCUCUCAGAUAAUAAAUUGAACUUUCGAGGGUUAGAUGUGGAAGAAGUUGCUAAAGCUUGCACAGUGAGUGUUAGCACAUUGAAGAAGGCGUACGCAGAUCUUCAUCCCCUUGCUUCAUAUGUGAUUCCUAUUUGGUACGCCAGUGCUCAGGACAUAAAGCGACUUCGCACUCCUUGA